AUGAUUAAUAAAUUGAAAAUAGAUUUUGGGAAGUUCAAGAUUGAUUUGAAACUUUUAGGCGAUUUAUUUGUAUUAGCCGGGGCAGGAUUAUCAGUGUAUUAUAUCUUGAACACAAUACUAAAUGAUUAUUUAGAUAACACUGUCAAAAACAAAGAAAAUGAGAAAAAGGGAAGUGGGAUAUUAAAGAAAAUUCAAGCUGCUAAUCCGCAUUUAAAAAACUUGUCAUUUAAUCAAUAUGAAAAGGCAUUAUUGAAUUCAUUAGUGACACCGGAAGAAAUAACAGUUACUUUUGAUGACAUUGGUGGAUUAUCCGAUAUAAUUGAUGAAUUAAGAGAAGCUGUCAUCUUGCCUUUGACUGAACCCGAAUUAUUUGCUGCUCACCUGAGUUUAAUCCAGUCUCCAAAAGGGGUGUUAUUUUAUGGCCCACCUGGAUGUGGGAAGACAAUGUUGGCCAAGGCCAUCGCCAAAGAAAGUGGUGCCUUUUUUUUACUGAUUAGAAUGUCAAGUAUCAUGGAUAAAUGGUAUGGAGAAUCAAACAAAAUAACUGAUGCCAUAUUCUCAUUAGCUAACAAGUUACAACCUUGUAUCAUAUUUAUUGAUGAAAUAGAUUCUUUUUUGAGAGAUAGGUCUUCAAAUGACCAUGAAGUUAGUGCCAUGCUAAAAGCUGAAUUUAUGACAUUAUGGGAUGGUUUAAAAUCGAAUGGUCAAAUAAUGGUCUUAGGUGCUACUAAUAGAAAGAAUGACAUUGAUGAAGCAUUUUUAAGAAGAAUGCCGAAAACUUUUGCCAUUGGUAAACCGAAUGCGUCACAGAGAACUGCUAUUUUGAAUAAAAUUUUGAAAGAUGCACAAUUAGAUGAAAAUGAUUUCGAUUUGGAGUAUAUUGUUGCCAACACUAGAGGUUUUAGUGGUUCUGACUUAAGAGAGUUGUGUCGUGAAGCCGCUAUUUCGCCUGUGAGGGAAUACAUCAAAGAAAACUAUAACUACAAAAGUGGGAAAUUGAGUCGAGAUGAAAAUGAUGAUUUACCUGUUCGACCAUUAAGAACACUGGACUUUACUAAAACUUCGGGAUCUAUGAAUGGUGAUAUUUUACCAAGUGUUGCUGUAGAUUAA